AUAUAAAUUGAUGUGCGGCCUGCAUGAAAAUAUUAAUUCAGUUUUCAGCGUGAGCUCGACAACUACUCAACAACCAUACAAAACAAUGGCCAACUCAAUCCGUCUAGUUUCCCUGAUGGCAGUCCUUCUGUGCCUGGUGUCAUUUGGGUGCGCUCAAGACGAUGGCGAGUUCUCGAUCGAAGCACGUCGCUUGAUUGACAUCUACAACAAUCCUGCGGUGGACAAAGCCACAAAGGAGAGCAAUCUGGACAGUCUUGCCAAGUUCUACGAGGAGCAUUCUGAUGAUAUUCAUCUGCCCGAAGAUGAAAGGCAGCGCGCUGCUGAGCUCUUGGCGAAGCACAAACGCAUAAAUAGUGCUGAAGUGCUCAUCGAUGGAGUUCCAGCUAACGGUGGCUGGAAAGCCUCUGUUCUGAGGCAUGUCCUGGUAGAGGGAGCAAUUCAAGCAGUGGGCGUGGCAGUCGAACAUGCCAGAUCGUCUUCAAAGGGACUGGAAAUCAACAAAGAGGUUGCCAUUUUCGGCUUAGUUUUCCUCGUGGCCAGUUACAUGUUCAGGACUAAAUCGAUGUAAUCUGCUGAGCUUAUUUUUCUGAAACUAUAUAAAUAUAUAUUGAGCAUUCAUUUA